AUGCCCAACUACUACACAUAUCAAAACCCCAAUCCCUCAGCGUUGAACGACCGCAGUCAAGGUCAUUGGGAAGAUCCAGCCGACUGGCCGCGUACAUUCCUCUACGUCUCUACUCACGAAGGUGCACAGGGAAUUCAUCCACCAGCACCGGUCUAUCAGUCGAACCAGCCUUCUCAGUCGGCCAUGUACUACUUCGCCGGUAGCUCCAGCUCCCCGGCAGGCUACUAUGUCAAUGGACUCUACUAUGGAACGCAACCUCCCACUGCAGCAACUGGUUGGCCCUUCACCUCUUCUUCAUACACUUGUUACACUCUACCCGAUCCCCUUACUUCAACCACUCCUUACAAUCUCCCCUAUGGGUACAGCUACUCACCAUACUGUACAGCACCACAAGCCUAUGCCUAUCCAUCAGCGUCCCCAUGGGGUCAAGGCCCGGGACCUGCUCAAGCCGCCGCCGCAGUCGCUGCCAAUGCCGCUCUCGCACAGAUGCCAAAUGCUCCAGCCUACUUUGUUGGAGCCACCGCAGCAGACAUUCAAGCCCAGAACGCCGUCAUGUAUGCCAACCUUGCCGCAUCUCAACAGCAAGCACCAAGUCAACUCGCUCCCUACAAGCCAGGUGCAAGUCCGCAGUUCUGGUGCAAGGAAUUGGAUGGCAGUUGGACACUGAGGGAAUACAACGAUGCCAUGAAGGGGGACUUUCCUGCCGGACACUGGGAAAGACAUGCUACCAGUGGAUACCACUACUACGUUCGACAUGCGGGCUGA